AUGACGAGACCGUAUCGUCGAUAUCUCGUCACGUUACUGUUGCUGUUGCAAACCAUCUCGAGGUACGGCCAGGCGAUUGCCGCGGAAUCGACGCACGCGACCGAUCUGUCGCCGUCGUCCGCGUCCGUACCGUCCGGUCUCUCCGGUCCGGAUUACACUGGACCAUCCGCGGGUUCGGAUGAGUGCGAUCCCGAGAUGGUUGGCUUCGAGCUCGUAACCGGCUACGUGUACACCGCGCCUACGAACAUGCUCGAGUCCAUACCAGGCACGUUGAUGCUCACCGACUGCCUCGAGACCUGUCAGGCAAACGACUCCUGCCAGGCGGUCAACUACGAGACGGGGCUUUGCGUCCUAUUCAGCUCUAACGCCGACAGCAAUCCAGGCGCACUGUCGCAAUCUCAGUUCCCCGUGUUUACGAUCUAUGCCCAGAAGAGCUGUCUGGCAGUGAAGCCCUGCGAACGAGCUUGGUGCAUCGAUAGAGUGCAGGGACACCGCCUUCAGGGUCACGCACGUAGGACCAUGACCGCCUCCUCGAGGCAGCACUGCCUCGAGCUCUGCCUGGGCGAACGAGACUUCCUGUGCCGAUCCGCUAAUUAUAUCAAUGCUACAAAGCAGUGUGAACUUUCGGACAUGGACAGGCUGACGGUUGCGGGCUCGAACGCCUUCCAGGCAGCGAAGGGUGUGGAUUAUUUGGAAAACCACUGUGUGGAAGAGCCAGUGAAACUUUGCGAAUUUAAGAAGCUAACCGGCCGUAUAUUAAAGACUGUGGACUCCGUCUACCAAGAUGUCAGCACGUCCGAUGAAUGUCGCGAAUUGUGUCUGAAUUCACCGUUCCGUUGCCACUCUUAUGAUUACGGUGACACCGGUGACAUGGUCUGCCGUCUCAGUCAUCAUUCUCGUGCCACUCUCUCCGACAUUCAGGAACCGUAUCUCGAUGUACCGGAAGCGGCCACGUACGAACUGAGCUCCUGUUACAAUGUGACCAUCGAUUGUCGCGCUGGAGAUAUGGUGACCAGAAUUCAGACCAGUAAGCUCUUCUACGGUAAGGUGUACGCGAAGGGCUCGCCUAACUCGUGCGUGCAAGACGUCAAGGGUGCGCUCGAGUUUGAACUUCGCAUGGCGUACGAUGAUCUCGAGUGUAACAUAAGGCAACAGGGUCUCGGCCGGUAUUUAAACGACGUGAUCAUUCAACAUCACGACACCAUUGUCACGAGUUCCGAUCUUGGACUGGCUGUAACUUGUCAGUAUGACCUCACUAACAAGACCGUGUCGAACGAAGUCGAUCUCGGCGUACACGGCGACAUCACGCCUGCUCUGUCGGAGGAAGUGAUCGUCGACUCGCCGAAUGUCGCCAUGAAGAUUACCGAUCGCAGUGGAAACGAGGCCAUCCCGUCGGCUGAAGUCGGUGAUCCGUUGGCACUCAAAUUCGAGAUCCUCGAUCCUCACAGUCCGUACGAAAUCUUCGUUCGCGAGCUAGUCGCUAUGGAUGGUGUCGACUCUAGUGAGAUUGUUUUGAUUGAUUCGGAUGGCUGCCCCACUGAUCACGUCAUCAUGGGACCACUUUACAAAUCGGCUACCACUGGCAAGAUAUUGCUGUCGCACUUUGACGCCUUCAAGUUCCCGAGUUCGGAAGUGGUGCAGUUCCGCGCUCUGGUCACUCCGUGCAUGCCGACUUGCGAACCCGUGCAGUGCGACCAGGAGGAAACAACCGGUGAACUACGAUCGGUGAUCUCCUUCGGCAGACGUCGACGCCGCCGUCGUUCCACUGCUGUUGGCACCCAGAGUCGCGAGGACCUCCUCCUGGUGCAAUCCAUCCAGAUUACGGACAAGUUUGGCUUCGAGCGUGAUGGUAAGUUACCGAACGUCACCUCCGCGACGAGGGACACCGUCUUCGUCGAGAGUGAAGACAUAUCGUCGUCGAUGGGGAUGUGCAUCAAUCUGGGUGAGGCGAUUGUAGCUGGCACCGUCUUCCUCGUCGCCCAGAUUGCCAUCAUAGCGGCAUGGACUUUCACCUGGCAACGACGCCGACAAAUGCUGAAACACCAGGAGGCUCUAUCGGUCUCCGUUUCCGUACCUGGGAUGCAUUCCAUGCCCGGGCGCACCGACAGUCUUUGUAAAUUGUACGAUGGCGGAUACUCCGCGCGUCGUUUCUGAAUGACUUCUCCCACCAGCUCCCACGGCAUAUCGUCAAUCUCGUCUUCCUGCGUAAAUCGCUAUUAACGAAUCUUUGGCUGACUUCACAUGGACGUGAGUUCUCAAACCGGUGCGUGCCGCGAAGAGAAUCGUGCGCGUAUCACGAUUCUCAAAGCGAUCAGCGAAAGUAAUACUCUCACGCGGCUCUCUCUUGAAUCUUUCUAUGGAAUUCGGA